AUGGGACUGCCUCUCAAGAAGCCACCCUCGAAGCCCGCCCCGGUUCAAGCGAAGGACAACGCCAAGACAAUGCCAGCUGGUCAGAAUACAUCUCAAAAUCAGGCUCAAGACAAUGGAAGAGGCUUAGGACAAAACCAAAGGGCAAAAGGAAACCAGAAAUUCGGUCGAUUUAACGAAAAGAACAAUAAUAAUAUGAAGCAGACGCAGACGCAGCAGAUACAGCAAACGCAGCCGACGCAGAAACAACAGAACCAAGAUUCGAAGCCUCCGUUUAACCCGCUAUCGAGUUCUAUCCUGGCUGAAGCCUUCAAGACAGACCGAGCACCAGCACCAGUGGUGACACCCAGAGCGCGGUCCACCAACGAACCUCCCAAGCCAGCCACCCCUACCUGGGGGGCUUUUAGCUCUCGAAAGAUAGACACGCAUGUACCUCUGAUGAAGAGUCAAGCCGAAGCGAAGCCCGCAGAAAAGCAAACCGAAGUGCAACCUCAAACGCCUCCUCCGUCGACGAUUCGGGGUGGCAGCGACGCUGUGUGGGGUCAACUGAAGCGCUCAAGGAGAUCGAUCGGGGAGAAAGUAGAAGGCCAGGAGGGCGGGUUCUGGGAUGAACUUGAAACUCGGGUCACAAACAUUCGCAACAGACCUUCCCCUGCCCCUGAAGUCACUGAUGUGUACCAAUCUACACUUCAAGGCGACGGCUUAUUGUCCCAAGAGGGCCAGCAGGCACUGGAAGAUCAACCAAGGCGUAAGUCUCGCUUCGAGAUAGAGGAAGAGGAGGAGCGCAACAAACGAGAUAAGAAGGGCAAGCGUCCAAAGAAUGUGCGGCAGAACAACUACGAAGACGAAGAUAUGGACGAGGAUGCAAUUAGACGGUGGGAAAGCAGACAGCGCAAGAAGGCCGAGAAGGAUGCCAAGAAGCACCUGGAAGUUGCCGCCGAAGCUGCACCACUGCCUAUCUUCAUCCCAGAGUACAUCAGUGUUUCCAACCUGGCUAGUGCUCUUCAGAUUCGUGUUGCGGACUUUUUGCAUGACUUAGAGUCUAUGGGCUUCGAGGAAAUCACUGAAGAAACCAUCAUGACUGGCGACACGGGUGCUCUCGUUGCUCAGGAGUAUGGCUUCGACCCUACGGUGGACACAGGCUCCCAGCGCGAUCUCCGACCUCGACCAGCACCAGAAGAUCCAUCCCUGUUACCCAGCAGGCCUCCUGUCGUGACUAUCAUGGGCCAUGUUGAUCACGGAAAGACUACUCUCCUAGAUUGGCUACGAAAGUCUUCGAUUGCUGCUCAGGAGCAUGGUGGCAUCACGCAGCAUAUCGGUGCCUUUAUUGUUCAAAUGUCGUCCGGUAGCCAAAUCACUUUCCUCGACACGCCUGGACACGCUGCGUUUUUGUCUAUGCGUCAGCGAGGUGCCAAUGUCACAGAUAUCGUGGUGUUGGUUGUUGCUGCGGAUGACAGUGUUAUGCCACAGACCCUUGAGGCGUUGAAACACGCCACGGGCGCCAAGGUUCCCAUCAUCGUCGCGAUCAAUAAGAUCGAUAAGGAAGACGCCCGAGUUGACCAAGUCAAGGCUGAUCUUGCUCGCCACGGUGUGGAAAUCGAAGACUAUGGCGGUGAAGUGCAGGUCGUUCCUGUCAGUGGAAAGACCGGUAAGGGUAUGGAAGACCUCGAGGAGAGCAUCGUCACAUUGUCCGAGAUUCUUGAUGUCCGUGCUGAGACAGAUGGCAUGGCUGAGGGCUGGGUUCUAGAAUCGAGUAUCAAGCAUACUGGAAAGACUGCCACAGUACUCAUCAAGCGAGGAACCCUGCGCCUUGGCGAUGUCAUUGUUGCUGGCAAGUCAUGGGCUAGAAUACGAGGUCUGCGGAACGAAGCUGGCGUCGAUAUCCGAGAGGCACCACCCGGAACUCCUGUUCAGGUUCUUGGCUGGCGUGAGCUCCCUGAUGCUGGUGAAAUGGUCCUCCAAGCACCUGACGAGAGCAAAGCCAAGACAGCAGUUGAGUAUCGUGAGGAAAUGGCCGAGAGACAGGAGAGUUCCAAGCAACUUGCUGAACAAGAACAGCGCCAACGUGAGAAGGCUGCCGCAGAGGAAGCCGCAGCAGCAGCAGAAGAGGAGGGUGUCGAAGUGGAGCCUGUCGCAGCUGAGCCUGGCAUCAUCUUUCAAAAUUUCAUUGUCAAGGCUGAUGUCGCUGGUUCCGUGGAGGCUGUGUGUGGCACCGUUCAGGAGCUGGGCAGCAAUGAAGUUCAAUCCAAACUCCUGCGAUCUGGCGUCGGUGCUAUUUCUGAGUACGACGUCGACCACGCUGCUGCCUCCAAGAGCAUCAUUGUCAAUUUCAACAUCCCUAUCCUGCCACAUAUCCGUCAGCGUGCGGACGAAGCUGGCGUUCGCAUCAUUGACCACAGCGUUAUCUACCACGUUGUUGACGACGUCAAGGAGGCUCUCUCGGAUCUACUACCAUACAAAAUUACGCACAAAGUGCUUGGUGAAGCAGAUGUCCUACAACUGUUUUCUAUCAAUGUCCGGAAACGUGUUUCAAAGAGCAUUGCGGGUUGUAAGAUUCGUAACGGUGCUAUUAAGCGAACGUCCACGGUCAAGGUCAUCCGUCGCGGAGAAGUUGUUUUCGAUGGUAAAAUCGACACGCUCAAGCACGUCAAAAAGGAUGUCAUGGAGAUGGGCAAGGGUAGUGAGUGCGGUAUCGGUCUUGAAGGCUUUGAGGACUUCGAGAUCGACGAUCAAAUCCAGACAUAUGAGGAGAUCAAGGAGAAACGAACACUGUAA